GCGAAAAAAAAAAUCGCGAAGACGCGGAACUCCGGACUCCCUCCGUUCAAAGAAAGUGCCGAACUGAUCCAGACAUCGCGGAAACGGACUCGGAGUGAUCUGCAAAUGCCAUUUCUGGAUCGCGUUUGUGUCGUGGAAGUGAUUGUGCACAACUGCACGCUGCAGGCUCUGCUCUCCGAGUUUGCGAUUGAUUCUGGCUGGAGAUGAACGACUCUUUUUCAAGUAAAAUGGAGGUCAGACGUCUCACCCAAGAGUCCGAGAGCUCUGACGACAGCGAUCUCGAGGUUGAGCAUCCACUGAUUCGGGCCGCCGUCAAGGAGCCGGAACCUAGGAAUCCGAACUUCGUCAAGCGGAACCGGCGGAUGGACGUCGAAGGCGACCUGCGAUUGGAGUUAAUGACGAAGAGUAAGAGACAAGGAUGGCGUCGCUUUCUGAUCGGUGGCGUCGUCGCGAUCGUCGUAAUCGCUCUGAUAAUAGCUGCGGUUUUUCUCCUAACCGGCAGCCCCGCCGAUUCUUCAUCCGAAUCGGCAUCCGCCUCGGGAAUCACUCUCGAAGAAUGGCUCGGAGGAUCCCUAGCCACAAAGAGUUUCAAUGGCACCUGGCUGAGCGGUACUGAAAUUCUAUUCCAAGACGAAAGUGGAAACUUGGUGAUUCGCAACGUGACCUCGGGUACCUCGAGGACAAUACUAGAAGUAACAAACAUGAUCCUGGCUAUCAGCUUCGACUACGAAAUUUCGGCCGAUCGUAACUACCUGCUGCUCGCUUCCAACUAUCACAAGUUGUACCGGCACACUUACCUGGCCCACUACACGAUCAUCAAUCUGCAAACUCUCGAGCAGACGAGUCUCACACGAAACAACGUGAGCAUUCUUCAACUAGCGACUUGGGGACCACAGGGCAACAGCUUGGUCUACGUACUGCAGAACAACAUCUACUACCGGCCACAGGCGGAAAUAGAAACCGAUUACGAGCUGACAACCGAUGGAAUCUUCGGGACGAUAUACAACGGAGUACCCGACUGGGUCUACGAGGAGGAAGUCUUCAGCUCUAACAAGGCUCUGUGGUUCUCCCCGAAUGGUUCGGGGCUGGUAUUCGGGCACUUCGACGACACGAGUACUCCGGUUAUGCACAUACCGUAUUACGGGUACCCUGGGAGUCUUUCGUCGCAGUACACCUCCUCGAUCCCGAUCCACUAUCCAAAGAGCGGGACCACGAAUCCGACCGUAAAACUGUUCUAUGUCGAUCUGGAACUCGCUGCGGCCGGAAACGUAACGCUGGUGGAAAUAUCACAUCCAUCUCAGCUGGACAGUGACGAGCGAAUUUUAGCCGCUGUCGCUUUCCCGACCAAUAAUCUGAUUUCUGCUACCUGGAUGAACCGUGUGCAGAACCUCGCCUACGUACAGCUUUGCGAGCCAUCGACGAACACCUGCACCACGGGUUUGUCGCACGCGGAAACCGCCGGCUGGGUCGAACAAUUCGAACCACCGAUAUUCAGCAGCGACGGAACCGCUUUUCUCCUGAUCCUUCCCCAGGAUCAGGGUGAGUCCGGAGCAUGGCGGCAUCUCACGAUGAUAACAAACGCUACUUCCGGUUCACCGGUUACCACGGCCCUCACUUCCGGCACCCACGUCGUCACCGAGAUACUUUCCUGGGACGAAGACAGCGCGUUGGUAUACUACUUAGCUACUGCAACUUCGGACCCGGCUCAGCAGCACCUGUACAGAGUGAAAAUAACCGCGACGGAAUUCACUGAGGAAUGUCUCAGCUGCGGGGUGAAGUCUUCAAAUGGGGAAACUGACUGCCUUUACAAUACGGCCAAACUAUCCACCGACAAUUCCCACUACAUUCUCACCUGCGCGGGACCAGGUGUACCGGAGGUAUCGGUUUACUCCAAGGAUACCACCAAGAUAUACUCAUGGGAAGAUAACUCCGACGUGGCCGAAGUCGUCGCUGCAAAAUCUCUGCCCGAUGUCAAAAGGUACACAGUUCCUGUCACCGGCGGCUUCGAAGCCCAGGUCCGGCUUCUUAUUCCACCGAAUGCCGAUCUGACCGGCAACACCAAGUAUCCGAUGCUCGUCUACGUAUACGGUGGUCCCGACUCUUAUCAGGUCACGGAGAGGUUCAACGUUGACUGGGGUUCUUAUCUAGUUACAAACAAGAGCAUCAUCCACGCUGCCAUUGACGGCAGGGGUUCCGGAUUAAAGGGAAACAGCAUGUUGUUCGCCGGUUAUCGCAACCUCGGGACAGUCGAGAUAUACGACCAAAUCAAUGUUACGAAGUAUCUCCAAGACAAUCUCCCCUUCAUUGACUCGACCAGAACUGCAAUUUGGGGAUGGAGUUACGGCGGUUACGCGACCGGAAUGAGCUUAGCGCUCGACUACGACGGUGUUUUUAAAUGCGGGAUGUCCGUAGCCCCGGUAACGGAUUGGGCAUUGUAUGACUCGAUCUACACCGAAAGAUUCAUGGGACUCCCUACGGUAGCUGAUAAUAUUGCAGGAUACGAAGGAGGACAGCUCUUGAACAAGGCCGACAAUAUAAGGAACAAGGACUACUAUCUCAUCCACGGUACUCUCGACGACAAUGUGCACUACCAGCAAUCUUUAAUGCUUGCCAAAGUACUCGAGCAAAAGGAUAUUCUCUUCAGACAGCAAACCUACACUGACGAAGAUCACGGCAUAGCCCAAUCUAGAGCUCACCUUUAUCACUCCUUGGAGAACUUUUUGGACGAUUGUUUCGAGACGUCUUCAUGAUCAGGUAAUCAGCGCAUGAUUGAUCGUCGGUAUAACGUUGGGUGAAGUAAGGAGAUGAAGAAUUUAUACUGAAUGAAAAGAGAAGAAUUGGUUUGUACAUACAUACAUACUUACAUCACAUAUACCUAUAAGUAUACAUACCAUAGACAAUUCCUGCUACUAUUGUACAUAUGAUAUAGUUAAUGCAUAACAAAUAAUAUUGAACACCUGUGGAAGUGUUCGCGUAAAUUUCGAGCCCAGCUAGGAGGUAGGGGGAAAGACUUAGUGUUUUACAUGUAAUAGCUUUCAAAUAAUUCAAUAUACACAUUAUAAUAUGCAUAUAUAUAUAUAUAUAAUGUGCACUACAUAUAAUUGUAUAUAUGUAUAUUACAAAUAGCGUAUAGUUCACUGACAUAAGGCUGCAGUGAUCAAGCCGAUUCAAUCAAUUAAUGAAUGAAAAAGAUAUACGCAGCACACACACACACACACACACACACACACACAUGCACAUACAAUUUCAUAAGGUCGAGUAAAUUGAACAGAGAAAAUAUAAAUGUAGGAAUAAUAUUAAUACUGAUAAAAAAAGAUAAUCCAAUAACCGUGUGGAUACGAAGACGGACUUUCCGCACUUUGUUAUAAC